AUGACCGAGAGCAUCGGCGCUGACUCCCCCGGGAGCACGCACGACCACGACGACAAUGCCUCGGACCACGAACCGGGGCCCAUCCCCUCGACCGCCAGCGUCAACCAGCUCGUGCAGUCGCUGCCCCGCGGCGCCUCGGUCUACACGCCCAACACCGUGCCCAGCGGCGACAUGAACCCGCGCAGCUGCGUCACCUGCCGCCGCCGCAAGGUCCGCUGCGACAAGACCAUGCCCUGCGCCAACUGCCGCCGCGCCCAGAUCCCCUGCGUCUUCCCGCCCCCCGAGCGCGCGCCCCGCCGGCCCAGGCGCAGGGACCCCAACGCCGCGGCCGGCGGCAGCAAGGCGCAGUCGAGCGAGCGCGAGGUCGAGCUGCUCAAGCGCCUGCGCAAGCUCGAGGGCAUCGUCGAGGAGCUGAGCGGCCAGAUCGAGGUCGAGACGUCGAGGCACCAGUCCAGCAGCGGCAACUCGCCCGAGGCCAUGUACGGCUUCGGCGAAGCAGGGUCCGCGACGGCGGUCGCGGAUCGCACGAUGGGCAGCGUCAGCGGCGGGAGCAACAGGAGCCAUGACUCGCCUCGUCCGGGGCAGGAGGGAAAUAGCCCCUCAGGUCCGCCCAAUUCGGGCAUCUUUACCACCGGGUACAACCCGACAUUCCCGCCGCCGAAGCGGACAUCGACCGGCGAGGUGCGGAAGAAGUUUGGACGGCUGGUCAUCAAUGAUGCCGGCAGGACGCGAUAUGUUUCCAGCGCGUUUUGGUCCAAGAUCAAUGACGAGCUGGAUGAACUGCGCGCCAGUGCCGAGCUGGGCCUGACCUCAGACGACACCGAGCAGUCAGAGGCCGGAAGCGACGUAGACGAGCCCGCCGACAACUCCUCCCAGGCCGUUCACCACGCGUUCCUGUUCGGCUACCGCUCCUCCGAUCUCGAUCUCAAGAAAUACCACCCGCUGCCCUCGCAAGCGGCUUACAUGUGGCAGAUAUAUCAGGAGAAUGUCGAUCCGCUCGUCAAAGUCCUGCACAUCCCUACCAUGGACAAGCUGGUGCGCGCGUCGAGGAAUCCUGAGAGCUUGGUGCCCCAGACCGAGGCGCUCAUGUUUGCCAUGUAUUUCGGUGCUCUCACGUCCAUGGAUGACGAAGAUGUGAUGAAGAACUUCAACGCCGACCGCACAAAGCUCCUCGCGCAACACCGAUUCGCCCUCGAGCAAGCACUGGCCAGGGCACAAUUCCUGACCUCUUCCGACCUGACUACCCUACAGGCCUUCGUUCUGUACCUCGCCUUCGUCAGGCGCAACGACGACGCCAGGGCUGCCUGGACCUUGACCGGGCUGGGCAUCCGCAUCGCGCAGUCGAUGGGCCUGCAGCGCGACGGCACGAACUUCGACAACCUCACCCCCUUCGAGAUCGAGAUGCGCCGCCGCCUCUGGUGGGCCAUCUGCAUGAUCGACCUGCGGUCUGCCGAAGACCAGGGCACCGACCUGACGAUCCUCGAGUCGACGCACGACACGCGCAUCCCCCUCAACAUCAACGACAAGGACAUCAGCCCGGAGAGCAAGGAGCUGCCGCCGGAGCGCUCCGGGUCGACCGACACCACCUUCACCGUCAUCCGGUGCGAGAUCUGCCAGGUCGGCCGCCGCCUGCACACGGCCACGGCGGCCGGCUCCAACGAGCAGUGCCCCGAGGAGGCGCUCAAGUCGCUCGAGCUGCGCGAGUCGGUGCUGCGAGGCGUCUACGAGCGCAUCGAGAACCAGUACUUCCGCGACUCGUCGCGCGAGACCAACCCCUUCUUCUGGAUCGCCGCCAACGUCGCGCGCGUCAUCAUCGCCAAGCUCGUCCUCGUGCUCUACCAGCCCUUCCUGUUCCGCGGGCCGGGCAACGAGGACCUGUCGAGCGACGUGCGCGACCGCCUCUUCGCCGCCGCGACCGAGAUCUUCGAGUGCAACCACCUGCUCAACAACGACCCGCGCACCAAGCAGUACCGCUGGAUCUUCCAGACGUACACGCAGUGGCACGCCGUCGCCUACGUCAUGAUGGAGGUCGCGCACCGCGAGUGGAGCUCGAGCGUCGAGCGCGCCUGGGCCGCCCUCAACGCCGCCUUCCUCGCGCCCAACUCGACCCUCGACAUCGAGAAGAUGGCCGAGCACUCGGCCAUCUGGCUGCCCUUCAAGAAGCUGUACGCCAAGGCCCGCCGCCACCGCGAGACCGAGAUCGCGCGCCUCAAGGCCAGCCCGCAGGCCGCCGUCGAGCUGGACCGCGAGGACCGCGUCAAGGCCAAGCCCGAGUCCAUGGACGCGAUCCGCGGCGGCAUGAAGGCCCUGGCUGCGCGGCAGCGGUGGCGGGUGCUCGUCGGCGACCCGCCGCUCGACAAGAUUGGUGUCCCGCCGCCUCAUCUGCAGAAGAAGUGGCAGGAGGAGCAGGAGGCUGAGGUCAAGACCAAGGCCGAGUCGGACUCGGGCAAGUCCGCGGCGUCGACUGCCAAACCCGCCGCUCCGUCCCCGUGGGCGGAAUCUCCCGCCGCAGGCUUACCAGCGAGUCGUCCUUCACCAAGUGGGAACCAGGACGUUGCCGGGGCGCGAGAGGCGCAAGGACAGUCGAUGGAGCAGAACAUGCACACGCGCGCUGUCUACUCGUUCAUGGACUCGAUCAUGUCGCAGCCCGCCUUUGAGCCGCACGAAUGGAUUCCCAUGCUCUACUCGUCCAACCUCGGCGACGACGUCCAGCAGAUGAGCGACUUCAGGAAUUUCCCGAACGUGCCGCAGCAACAGCACCAGCAGGCGGGCAACAGCAAUGACAAUAACAGCGACACCACCGCAAUGUCGGGUCUGACCCCCACCGGGAGCAGCGGCACCAGCAUGAGCGGCAACACGCCCUCCACGACGCGGGCCACGACCUGGCCCAUCGACAUGCCCACCACGAGCGUGCCACCUCAGCAGCAGCAGCAGCAACAACAGCAACAGCAGGCGCCGGUAGUCAAUAAGAAUGACCUCCCGCCGUGGCUGUGGCCCAGCGCGCCGUACUUUGACAACUCGCCCUACGCGGCCGCAGGCCUCGCGGCGGGCGAUCCUGCCGCCGCAGCCUACCUGCCUGGCGUCGUGGUGCCUGGGGCCAGCGGUCUGGGCACGGACGCGAAUACCGUCUUGCCGACGACGCUGUCGGGCGAGGAUGUCAACAUGGACGACAACUUUGACUGGCAGAACUUUGGGGAGAACAUCAGGGGGUUCGAGCUCGAGACGAAUGGCGGGAUGUCGGGCAGUGUCUGGGCUUCGCAUGUGUAG